AAAUUCGACAUCUACAUCUCAUAAUAGUUUACUUAAAAACGUAAAAUAACUUUAUUUUUACUCAAACUGCUGUGGGUUUAUUUCUGCAUUAGACUGUCCUCUAGUGGCGGAGUUUAUUAUAUGACACACACAGGAAGUGUCAGAGCUAAGAGAAACCGAAACUUAUAAUCAGUGUUGUGUCGGUGUCUAUCUGUCUGCGAGUGUGAGCUGUAAAAUGGCAGAAUCCAGUGUUUCUUUGGCUCAUAAUGAGUUCAGCUGUUCGGUGUGUCUGGAUCUCCUAAAGGAUCCAGUCUCCAUUCCCUGUGGACACAGUUACUGUAUGAGCUGCAUCACAGACUGCUGGAAUCAGGAGGAUCAGAAGAGAGUCUACAGCUGCCCUCAGUGCAGACAGACCUUCAGCCCCAGACCCGCUUUAGCUAAAAACACCAUGCUGGCUGAGGUGCUGGAGAAACUGCAGAAGAGCAAACUACAAGCUGCUGGUCCUGCUCAGAGUCCCGCUGCAUCUGGAGAUGUGGAGUGUGACGUCUGUACUGGAGCCAAAAACAGAGCCGUCAAGUCCUGUCUGGUGUGUCUGAACUCUUACUGUCAGACUCAUUUUCAGCGCCAUCAAGAACUGAAUCCAGGAAAUCGACACAAAGUGACUGAAGCCACUCGACGACUGCAGGAGAUGAUCUGUCCUAAACAUGAGAAACCCCUGGAGAUCUUCUGCCGCACUGAUCACUGCUGUAUAUGCUCUCUGUGUAUGGUGGAUCAACACAAACGCCAUGACACUGUUUCAGCUGCAGCAGAGAGGACUGAACAACAGAGUCGGCUGAGGGAAACCCAGAGCAGUUUCCAGCAGAGACUCCAGGAGAGACAGAAGGAGCUGGAGGAGCUGAGAGAGGCUGUGGAGUCUCACAAGCGCUCUACACAGGCCGCAGUGGACCACACCGAGAGGAUCUUCACUCAGCUCAUCUGCUGGAUUGAGAGAAGCCGCUCGGAGCUCACGCAGAUGAUCAGAGAUGGAGAAAAGACUGCAGUGAGUGGAGCUGAAGAACGACUGGAGCGACUGGAGCAGGAGAUCAAUGAUCUGAGGAGGAGAAACGCUGAGCUGGAGCAGCUUUCACACACAGAAGAUCACAUCCAUUUCCUCCAGAGUUUCCAGUCUCUCUCUGUCCCUCCUGGAUCUACAGACUCAUCCAGCUUUAUUAGCAGCUCGCAGCUCGCUUUUGAUCAACUUGCUGAAUCUGUGUCUCGUCUGAGAGACAAACUGCAGCAGUUCUGCACUGAGGAGAUGAAGACAAUAUCUACAAGAGUGAGCAGAAUUAGCUGGAUUACCACUCCUGAAACACAGACCCGUGAGCUGUUUCUCCAGUAUUACCAUCGACUCACUUUGGAUCCAAACACAGCGAAUCCGAACACAGUUCUGUCUGAAGGAAACACAGUGGUGGAAUAUAAUGGUUCAGUCCAGUCAUAUCCUGAUCAUCCAGACAGAUUUGAUAGCUGGUGGCAGGUGUUGUGUAAAGAGAGUGUGUGUGGACGCUCUUACUGGGAGCUGGAGUGGAACGGACAUGGUGUUUUGUAUAUAUCAGUGUCAUAUAAGAGCAUCAGCAGAAAGGGUUGGGGUAAUGAACGUAAAUUUGGACGCAAUGAUCAGUCCUGGAGUUUGGCCUGCUCUGUUAACAGUUUCUCAUUCUGGCAUAAUAAUAUAAAGACUAUUCUCCCUAAACCCUCCGUCAGCUCCUCUAGAAUAGGAGUGUAUGUGGAUCACAGUGCAGGCACUCUGUCCUUCUACAGCGUCUCUGGCACAACAAUGAGCCUCAUACACACACUCCACACCACAUUCACACACACACUCUAUCCUGGAUUCUGGCUUGAGAAAGAUUAUAAAAGUCUAUCUGGUCAAUCUUCUCCAAAAAUAACAAUCUGUGAUCUAACAAUAUAGAAGGUACAGAUACCUACAAUGUUUUGAGAAAUAUAAUUUUUUCAUGUUUAUAAUUUACUGAAUAUAACAAUUAGCAUUAGGGUAAUUUGUUCAUUUUAUUCAGAAGUUGCCAUGAAGCGAGAUCUGUAAAGAUGCACAGAUAUUUUGGCUGAUUUUCAUUCAUUCAUUUUCUUUUCGGCUUAGUCCCUUUGUUAAUCCAGGGUUGCCACAGCGGAAUGAACUGCCAACUUAUCCAGCACGCAGCAGAUGCCCUUCCAGCCACAACCCAUUUCUGGGAAACAUCGACACACUCAUUCAUUCACACUCAUACACUACGGACAAUUUAGCCAACCCAAUUCACCUGUACCGCAUGUGUUUGAACUGUGGGGGAAAUCGGAGCACCCGGAGGAGAACAUGCAAACUCCACACAGAAACGCCAACUGACCCAGCCGAGGCUCAAACCAGCGACUUUCUUGCUGUGAGGUGACAGUGCUACCUACUGCGCCACUGCGUUGCCUGGCUGAUUUUCAUUACAUUUAAAAAUCAUCAGCACAUCAGCUAUAAAAUAGACAAAGUUUUGAAUAAAUUGUGAGAAGGGAAAGUUCAGCUGCAUAAUCCUCUGUGGAAAAAUAAUGAAAACUUGCCAAAACAAAAUGAAAUGUUUACAUACAUUAGCAUUAGUUACUCAUAAUAAUAUUAACAAAAAUAAUAUAUAAAGGACAAUAUUGGCCUGUUGAAUAAUGGAUCUAAUCCAUGUUCAUUGAUACGAUGAAGCAUCAGUUAGGCCUGUCACAAUAAUCAAUAUAUCGACUUCUCGCACAACACAUGGACAUGACCUCAAUCAUUUAUGGUGAUGCAAUAUAUAUAUCGCCCAUACAUGAAAACCAAUUCUAGCAACAUUUCAGCUGAUAGUGCAACAUAUCCUGGACGUGUCAGUGUCAGUAUGGUUAAAAACAAUCCAGUAUUUACUAUAAAUUACUAUAGUAUAUUUUCAUGUGGAUGUCUGGCAGCUGAAAAUAGAUCUGGUAGCAGAUAUCGCAGACUCUGUUAUUCUUCACCUUACACUUUUUUGUUAACGUUGAUUAUUAUUUAUUUAGGAUGUGCAUUUUCACAUUCUGAUUCCAAUACCUCAUUAUUAAAUUGUUAAAAUGACUAUAAUUAAAGGAAAUAUUCUUAAGAAUAAUAUAUUAUGUGUUGAUUGGAAGAGUGUACUUGCUAUAUAUAUAUAUAUAGUCAUUCUGGCAUUAUAUAAUGAGUGCCAUAAAAUGGUCUUAAAAUGACAAUAAUAUCGUUUAUUGCAAUAUAUUUUGGUGCAAUACAUCGUACAAUAUUCAUUCAUUCAUUCAUUUUCUUUUCGGCUUAGUCCCUUUAUUAAUCUGGGGUCGCCACAGCGGAAUGAACCGCCAACUUAUCCAGCAUUUUGUUUUAUGCAGCGGAUGCCCUUCCAGCUGCAACCCAUCACUGGGAAACACAUACACACUUAUUCACACACACUCAUACACUAUGGACAAUUUAGCCUACCCAAUUCACCUGUACCGCAUGUGUUUGGACUGUGGGGGAAACCGGAGCACCCGUAGGAAACCCAUGCGAUCGCAGGGAGAACAUGCAAACUCCACACAGAAACGCCAACUGACCCAGCGACCUUCUUGCUUUGAGGCGACAGCACUACCUACUGCGCCACUGCCUCGCCCACAUCGUACAACAAAUAUAGAUAUUGCGACAGGCCUAGCAUCAAUAAACCAGCUAGUAAACCUUAAUGCAUGUAUUUUUUAAUUAAUUUUGCUAAUGUAAAACACUGAUCUACAUUAAUGACAAACGUUCAAUUAAGUGAGAAAGAGACAAAUAUCAGUAUCAUCAGUACAACAAGUAUUGGACCGUUUCUUUUUACAUUUUAAAGUAAAUACUCAUUCAUAAUCAUGUCAUCAUAUUUUUCACUUUAUUUAGAAUGUAAGGGCAAAUGUUUGACCAAAAACAUUUGUAAAACUCAUAAUUACAGGUCCAACAUAAAAAUAUUAAAUAAUCGCAAAUAAAAUGCAAAAUGUAAACGUUGUAUUUUCAAGAUUACAACUUUCUCCUGAUGCUAUUAUUGGAUCAUGUAAAAUAUUGUAUCAUUAUAUGUUUCUGUCUUAUAAAAAAGUAUUAUUGUAAACAAUGUACACAAUAUAAACGAAAGAGAAUAAUAUGAAACGAUAGACUUUUUAUUUUGUCCAUACAAUAUAUAGUCAUAUUGCACAGCCCUAAAACUGCAUUUUCUUUACCUCACCUAUAUUAGUUAUAUUAUUAUUCAGUCUUAUCAUUGAAUGUGUACAUUCAGUGGAGCACUACACAAAACAUUUAAAGUUGUAGUAUAGUGUUGGU